UACCACUGUUGAUAUUAUUUUUUUUUUGUUUCUUCACUAAAACCCUAAAGGAACCAUCUUUGUAUUUUUUUUUUUGUCUUUCGUCUGAAAUUGAGAGGAAGUACAAACAAAAAAUGGCGAUUAGUCGUCCGUUGGCCCAACUCAACGAGCUACCAAUCUCCUCCUCCUUUCUCGCGAAAUCGAUACCCCACUCGCUGCACAACAGUACCAGAAUCAACAGCGGCUUCUCAAAACAAAGGUCUAAGCCAACACGGUUGAGAUGCUCCUUCUCUCCGAUGGAGUCUGCGAGGAUUAAAGUCAUCGGUGUCGGCGGUGGUGGUAACAAUGCCGUCAAUCGCAUGAUUUCCAGCGGCUUACAGAGUGUUGAUUUCUAUGCGAUAAACACGGACUCUCAAGCUCUCUUACAGUCUUCUGCACAGAACCCACUUCAAAUCGGAGAGCUUUUAACACGUGGCCUCGGGACUGGUGGGAACCCGCUUCUAGGAGAACAAGCUGCUGAAGAAUCAAAAGACGCAAUUGCUAAUGCACUCAAAGGAUCUGACCUUGUUUUCAUUACUGCUGGUAUGGGUGGUGGUACUGGCUCCGGUGCUGCUCCUGUUGUUGCUCAGAUAUCUAAAGAAGCUGGUUAUUUGACCGUUGGUGUUGUUACCUAUCCCUUCAGCUUUGAAGGUCGUAAAAGAUCUUUGCAGGCACUGGAAGCCAUUGAAAAGCUGCAGAAGAACGUUGAUACACUCAUCGUGAUACCUAAUGAUCGUCUCCUAGAUAUUGCUGAUGAACAGACGCCUCUUCAGGACGCUUUUCUUCUCGCUGAUGAUGUUUUACGGCAAGGAGUUCAAGGAAUCUCAGAUAUUAUUACCAUACCUGGACUGGUUAAUGUUGACUUUGCGGAUGUGAAGGCGGUUAUGAAAGAUUCUGGAACCGCAAUGCUUGGAGUAGGUGUUUCUUCAAGCAAGAACCGAGCAGAAGAAGCAGCUGAGCAAGCCACUUUGGCUCCAUUGAUCGGAUCAUCCAUACAGUCAGCUACUGGUGUCGUCUACAACAUCACCGGUGGAAAAGACAUUACCUUGCAGGAAGUGAACCGAGUAUCUCAGGUGGUGACAAGUUUGGCAGACCCAUCGGCUAACAUCAUAUUUGGAGCUGUUGUGGAUGAUCGUUACACUGGAGAGAUUCAUGUAACGAUAAUCGCCACGGGGUUCUCACAGUCUUUCCAGAAGACACUUCUCAGUGAUCCAAGAGCAGCUAAACUACUCGACAAAACGGGAUCAGCAGGUCAACAAGAGAACAAAGGGAUGUCUAUCCCUCACCAGAGGCAGUCUCCUGCAACUAUCAACACCAAAUCAUCUUCUCCCCGCAGAUUGUUCUUCUAGCAUCUUUUGUUUUUAAGCAUAUUCCUUUUUUAUCAAAAAUGUAACGAUCUUCUGGCUCAAAUAUCAUUUACUUUUUUUUCCUA